CCACUCACCAAGGAGGAGAUGGGUCUUCCUUUUGCACAGGGUUACGAAGGAAGGAGGAAAAGGAGAAGAGAGAGAGGGAAAGAGGAAGGAGGAGUUUGACUAUUUAAAAGGAAGUGCGUGAGUCAGGAGAACAGAGAUGUGAGAGACUCCAAGGUAGAAACGUGAGCAUCAAAGGUGCAGUUCAAUUACUGUACUUCCAUCUGCGGUUUUGGCAGUGAGGAGGCCAGGUGUGAACACAGUGUGUGUGCAUGAUGACAGAAGCUGGCACCAUGGUAGACUCUCAGAACCUGUUGUGGGUGCGACGAGGCCUCACCUUCAUCACGGGCCUGGUGGAGUGUCUGUGUUUUGCAGGCAUCAUAUUUGGGUGGGCUUCACUUGUUUUUGUCCUCAAGAAUGAGGGCUACUUCGGCUCCCUGUGCGUCAACACCACAGGAAUCAAUGGCUCACAGGUCUUAGAUUGCAGUGGACAGGAUGAACAGUUCUCUCUGGUCUUCACCAUUGCAUCCUUCAUGAAUAAUUUCCUUACUCUGGCCAGUGGCUUCAUCUUCGACCACUUGGGCACCACGGUGACUCGAUUCUUGGGAAUAGGUUUCCACACCACGGGUACAUUGAUGGUGGCCUUCUCAAGUUCAGCUCUAUCCAGCCUGCUUUUCCCAGCUAUGUCCUUCAUAGCUGUGGGUGGAAUCAUGCUGCUCAUGACCAACAUGCAGGUGGGUAAUCUUUUCGGCGCUCAGCGUUCCACCGUCAUCACGCUUUACAAUGGGGCCUUUGACUCUUCCUCAGCACUCUUCCUAAUCAUCAAGUUGCUCUACGAGUCUGGGACUUGUUUCCACACCAGUUUCCUGUUCCUGUCUGCCUGCAGCAUCCUUCACGUGCUCAGGACUGUCUUCCUUUUUCCCAGAACUUUUAUACCAUACCCUCUGCCUGAUCACUACACAUACGGGCUAUCCUGCAGCGAACUAAGGCCUUCCAAACAGUCAAAUAUGAGUUUUGAGGCAAUAGCAGAGGAAGAGCAAUUUGCCAGCCAUGCGCCUCUAAAACAAGAAAAAAGCUUCCUUGAGUGUAUUCUGUCCAGACUGUUCUUAUGGCAUCUACUUUGGUUGGCUGUGAUCCAGUUGAGGCAUUAUCUGUUCAUUGGCACCCUCAACUCCACGCUGCUGGAGCUAAGUGAUGGAGAGCCCUCACUCGUGAGCCAGUACCUCAACGCCUUUGCUUUCACCCAACUGUGUGGGGUCCUGUGUGCGCCAUGGAAUGGCCUCAUCAUGGACAGACACAAGCGCAAACCCCAGGUGGAAGGAAUGAGUGAAGAAGAAGCAGAUCUGAAUUCCACAGUUCUGUCUCUCUUCCUGACAUCGGUGAUGGCGUUGGUGUUCUCCAUUUGUGCCGCCACGCCACUCUUGCCCCUUCAGUACUUCACCUUCGUUGUGCAAGUACUCAAUCGCUCCUUCCUGUACGGUGGAAACGCAGCUUUCCUCAGUGUGGCUUUCCCAUCACGUCACUUUGGGAAGCUGUACGGCCUCGUCAUGGCGGUUUCCGCAAUCUUCUCUUUACUGCAGUACGCCUGCUUUGCCUUUGUAAAGUCGGUUCUGCACGGAGAUCCUUUAUAUGUGAACGUGGCUCUGACAGUGCUCAUGCUGCUCGCCUUCAUCCACCCCUUGUCUGUCUUUUUGCACUGUCGAAGUCUUGCGUCUCGGCGAGCUAAGAACCAUCUUAAAUAGCAGUAAAAUUAGACCAGUGACGACAUACUCAGUUACCAGUGAUGCUGACACAGACACUGUUACAUUAAUACUGUUGGUGCUUAUAAUUACAAGUGUAGUCAGAAUGCUUUGUGCGGGCCCAGUAUACGGUGUAAUAUGCUACUUAUCCAAUGCAGGAGUAUACACACAUAAGGUUUUUACACAGAGGUGCUGCAAAACAUCAGUGAUGCAAGACAAAGCAGAAAGCUUUCAAGAUUGAACCUGGAAGCUUCCUUCUGUGAAAAAAAAAAAAAAAAUCUAU